GAGACUUGAUCAGAUGCAGACAGACGUGUAUAUAAAGCGAACCAUCAGCCGAUUCAAGUCACACACAAACAUUCUCAUCUCCGAGAAAUAUCCACCUCUCCAAACAACAACAAUCAUCAUGAAAUUCUUGGUAUUGAUCGCUUUGGUUGCUGUCGCUGCUGCUGCACCGGCUAAACUCGAUGACGAAAAGAAACCCAUCGAAAUCAUCUCAUCCAACAGCGAAAUGAACGCGGAUGGCAGCUAUUCUUUCGAUUUCGUAAGCGCUGAUGGCACUAAAGUGCAGGAGAGUGGCAGCCAGAAACAAGUUGGACCUAAGCCAGAAGACAUUGGAACCGUCUCCAAAGGAUCUUACUCUUUCACUACUCCCGAUGGUGUUGUCCUCACCGUCAACUGGGUUGCCGAUGAGAACGGUUUCCAGCCAAGCGGUGACCAUUUGCCAACUCCUCCCCCUACUCCCGACCAUGUCGUCAAGCUUUUGGCUGAUUUGAAGGCAGCUGGUCUUCUGUAAAUGAAACAAAACACCUCUUGACAAUGCCAUAAUGAAAACCAAUCAAAAUAUUCGUGUGUGUGCCUAUAAAUAAAAAAUGUUUU